UCCCUACCAGUGAGGAACUUUGCUGCCCUGCCCCCCUUCCUCCCUCCGUCCCCGACACCUUGACACAACUAUUUCCCGUCUCCUACUUCCUCUUCCUUCUCCCCUUCCUCCUGAAUUCCUCCUGAAUUCCUCCUGUGCUACUCCUCAAAUCCCUUCUUGUUUCAAACAUGGACUCCUCUGGACAAGUAACCACCUCAGCUCCUGAUGGACAUAUCGAGCCCAGGAGCAGCCCCGGUCGCUCGGAUCUCAGCGGACUCUACUCUCUGGGUCGCACGUUGGGCAGGGGCCACUUUGCUGUGGUCAAACUGGCUCGUCAUGUCAACACGAGGCAACUGGUUGCUGUCAAGAUGAUUGACAAGACAAAACUUGACGUUAUGGCAACAAGCCACCUCUUACAGGAAGUGAGGUAAACCAUACUAAUUUAAAACUGAAUAGAGUGGUGCAGGAAUGAGUCAUAAAACCCAGAAAGUCCUGAAGCAAUGUUUUUUUGAAUAAGUCGUUAGUGGUUAACACUUAAGUUAAGCUUAAGAGAUGUUCCCACUUUGUUCUACGACAGAAAAUAAGUCAGUAAAUACCCCACUGGUGAUUGCCUGAAGCUUCUUUGUUUCAUAGAAACAGCGGUUGCUAACGAGUGACCUAAUUAGAUAGCUAAUGUUAGCUUCUUACUUCCGGCAAUUGCAUUUACGCUUCUAAAAUCAUUGAAUUGGUGAAAUACGUAGAGAUUACCGUGCUGAACAUAAUGUGUGCAUGAGACUAGUGCAGCAUCCCAACGUGGUUCGCCUCUACGAUGUCAUCGACACGCCCAGCACCCUCUUCCUCAUCAUGGAGCUAGCUGAGGGGGGCGACCUCUACGACUACAUCCUCCGCCACGAGGGAGGCGUAGCUGAAGGCAAUGCCAAGCGCCAUUUUGCCCAGAUUGUGCGUGCUGUGGCGUACUGCCACCAGCUGCACGUGGUGCACCGGGACCUGAAGCCGGAGAACGUGGUGUUCUUUCCCCAGCAGGGGGCGGUGAAGCUAACGGACUUUGGGUUCAGCAACUUAUUCCAACCAGGGACAAUGUUGGCCACUAGCUGUGGAUCGCUAGCGUAUUCUGCUCCAGAGAUUCUGCUGGGGGAAGAGUAUGAUGCUCCAGCAGUUGAUAUCUGGUCUCUCGGGGUGAUCCUGUACAUGUUGGUGUGUGGAGUCCCUCCUUUCCAGGAAACCAACGACAGCGAGACUCUGGUCAUGAUUCUGGACUGCCGCUACCGCUUCCCCAAACACGUUUCAGACGACUGUAGAGACCUGAUCUCCAGGAUGCUGCAGAAGGCCCCGUCUCUGCGCGCCUCGCUGCAGGAGAUCCAGGCUCAUCCCUGGCUGCAGGGGCUGGAUGACGCCCUACUGAGCCCCGAGGCCCCGCCACACUGGCUCUCAGGGGCCCUCUCUCCAGGCUCUCCCCGCUCAGGAGCACCUGAGUGUGGGGAUCUGCUUGCCGCAAGACCCCCGCCUCAACCUCAGACCUUCCCUGGCCACUGGCAACCCAGCCUCAGCUUCACCCUCAGACCUCCUCCCGCUGAAGAGCCACCAGUCCCUAAGAACAUUCCUGCACUACAGCAGAUAUGUGAGGAAGAGGAAGAGGAGGAGGAGAAGGAGAAGGGUGAGGAAGAGGAGAAGGAGAAGGAGGAGGAGGAGAAGGAGGAGGAGGGGAGUUUGGCAAAAGAGGGUGAAGGUUUAGAAUCUUUGCAAGAAGCAGAGGCAGAACAAGAAGUUGAGGAGAUACUUAAAGGUUCAGAUGACCAAAAAGAAGGAUUAGGAAGCUUAAUGGAGAUAGUGGAGGAGGAAGAGGAGGAAGAGGAGGAAGAUAUGGAGAUAGAGGAGGAAGACAGUGGGUGUGUGAUUUCAGACCAGCCUGUCGGUCAUGGAGACAGGCCUCUCAGGCCGACCCCUGCCCUCCCACCGUCCUCUCUGCCUGGUUUGGUGGUACCGUGCUGUCGGGGGCAGCCGGAGUCCCCGAGCCCGGAGGAAGGAAACGACGAGGAGACAGAACCCAACAACAACAAGGCUCCUCCUCUCCUCCCUGAUCCCUCUGAUCCCUCCAUCCCCGCCUCCUCUCCAAGACUCAUCCUGAACAAUAAGGAGGCGCAGAAACAGGAGAGAACAGAGGAGGGGGGGAGAGAGGACCUCUUAACGGACAGAUCUCCACCCCGGGAAGAGGCUGCUCCGAGGGUGGAGCAGGGGAAACGACACAGCCUGAAGCUGCGUGAGAGACUCUUCCAGUUCCCCCUGUGUGAGAAAGCUCUGGCCUUCAACAUACCCACACAGAACAAGCCCAAGAUCCUGCCGCUGGCUCAGUACAACUGCUGCCAUGUGCUGUAAGUGAACCCACUGACUGGGGACAUGCAGGCUGCUUAGCAGGGGGCAGGUGGCGGGACACUGAGAACACCACCUGUGAUGUGCAGAGCCAAAUGGGACGUGUACAGCUAACCCACAAUCAACCCCCUUCUAGCAUUGUGCUCAUGUAAUUAACAUUGUGCUGAGCUAGAGGUGGUGUACAGCACUGUAGUCAGACUUAGUAGAACCUCAUGCUACUGUUACCGGAGAUUUAUAAUGUGUCCAAUCUGUAGCUUAGAAGCAAUACUGGACCUACAAGAAGAAGAGGUAGGCUACGUUCACACUGCAAGCUUUAGCGCUCAAUUCUGGGAAUUUUUUGGUUUAGCUGUUUCCCGUUAUAUUUUUUAGAAGUGACCAUUAUUGUGCGAACUGGUCCUGAACUGACCCGCAUGCACAACAUAAUAAUUACAAGGAAGUCACACACAGAUAACUUUCAGAAGCAUGGUGGCAUGUGUUUACAGAGGAAGCAGGUGAUGACUUUCACUGUCCCUCCACUGUAUACACAAUGUCAAAUUAGACAGAAAAGUCACAUGAAUUCAGAUUGAACUGUUCCAAAAAGAAAUAUCAGACCUGCAUCUGCCCAAAUCAGAAUUAAAGAGGCCCUAUUAUCUUUUGGGGUCGUUUCCCUUUCCUGUAGUGUGUUCUAUAGGUUUGUGUGCAAGUAAAUGGUCUGCAAAGGCUAAAACCCCAAAGUGAGUUUCUCUCCCACACUCAAACCAUCAGCCCCCCCCCACCCCCGUCUGAAACACCUCCAUUGGACUCCUUUGUUUACUGCCGCGAAGUAGUGACAUCAACACGUUACACUCGUGCUUCCAUUGGCUAGUUCUCCAACACGUUGUACAGUACGUGAUAGGCUAAGGGGCGGGGACGUCACUAAGCGGUUGACCAAUCACAACAGAGCCAGCCAGCCAGCUAACCAAUCAGAGCAGACUGGGCUCUGAUUUCAGACAGAAGGUGAAAAGAGGUGCUGCAGCACAGGCAGUAUGAGAAACAUAAAGAGCUUUUUGAACAUUAAGGCAUGGAGACAUGUCACAUGGAGACACACAUACAUAUAUAUACCUGAAAAUGAGCAUAAUAGGGCCCCUUUAACAAGAUCUGGUUUCAUGUGAUUUGUGCUGUUUACACCGUUAUGAAAAAAAACCCAGAUCUGAGUCAAAUAUGUGCUAACAAGCUUUUGGCCUGCAUUCUGAACGUAGCCAUAGCAACUGCAACCAUUUUUAUUGAAUAAGCUAUAGUCUGUUUUGUUUGUUUAAAAGGUGCCUACAUGGAUGGAAUGGGUUUCAUACUGUACAUGUUGACUGCAGAAAGCUCUUAAACUCAGAAUGGUCUCGCACUCCAUGAUUUCAUAUUUUCUAAUAUAUGAAUUAGAAUAAAGUUUGAACCAGCUUCUGCUACAGAGUAGCUCUCCUUUCCUCUCCCCUUUGCACAACCCGCUGCUCAGUGGUUUAAAAGCUCUUUAUAUAAGCUCUUUUAAAGAAAGACUGUUAUGAUAUGAUGUGAUAUAUGACAUGUAAUAUAUGCCUAAGACUGAGAUGAUGAUAUGAUGCUAAAACCUGAAGUUAUCCAAUAUAAUAACUUGUCCUAACAUACUGUAUUAUACUAUUGAUAGGGUCAUUGAUUGGGAUGCAGGUCUUCCAUUUAUUUUUAUUCAUGCUGAACAUUUAAACAAUCCUAACAGUUUUAUUUUAUUUUGGAUGUGCAGAUUUGAGGUUUUUUUACACCGUGACAAAGGUAUUUACUAUCUGAAGAGAAAUGUGACUUUGUGCAUGUUCUUACUGUUAUUUAUCACACUAUACCUCCAUGUGUCUUGUAUCUGGCAGGACAUGCUCUCGUGUAACUCUAAGUAAACCCACUGAAUGAUGAAUUGCACACACUGCUGUCGCUGGUAGCUUUCCAGAAGCAUCUUUGGACUGAUGGAUGGAGUUCAUUUACACCCAAUGAUGUGAUAUGUUAUAGUGUAGCCUCUGUAUGGUAUUGUUUGACCAUAUCAAUCUUGUGUGUGUUCCUAUAUUUUCUCAUUACACACUGUAUUUUUCCUCUUUCGAAGCUGAGACGAGAAUUUUGUAAAGUUAAAGAAGGCCAAAGCUGUACAAUAACAGAGUGUUUUCCUGUCAGUCACUGCCGCUUCUCACAGGGACAACACAUUGGAUUUGAUCCUGGGACCUUUGAUCAAACACUCCCCCUCUUUAUAAGGAACUGAUGCGUGUGAAGCCUGAUUAUCACUCGUAUUUCAUCAGCUGUAGAAGGGUCAAAUAUGUGCAGCAAAGGGAUGAAAUCCUGUUAUUUGUUCCUGUGUGAUUGCAGCCUGUCUCUCCUCAGUGUUUCUACUGACCUGCAUUGAAGCUAGGACCACGACUCCAUGGAGCCAUCAACUUAUUUUUCUGUAUUUAUUUAUUAAAAAGGAUUAAAUCAA